ACUGCAUUUUCUGCAAAAGUACAAAACUACAUAAUGCAAAAUGCAACACCACAGCUGAUCAAGGACAAGGAACCUUGGAAUAGGAUGAAAUAUCUUGUAAGAUAAGAUUAUUUCGAUUUUAUAAUAAAAAAUUUACUUUUACUCCAAUAAAAACUAAAAUGUCACUUUUUCAAAGUAUUUUUUCAGAAAAAUAUAAUUGGAUCCAUUUUGCUAUAGUUCCUGAACCAGGAUGAAAUGAAGGAGGCAUUAAACAGAUUGAGCUGCAGAUUUUUUUAUAACCUCAAACUUUUCUCGUCUGCUUAUCUACUUCUCAUUAUCCUUUAAAAUUGUUAACUAUUUUAUCAAAGUAGAUUUGCUUGUGCAAAAUCAUUUUUUUUUCAUAAUAUUAUGUAAAGAUUACGAAGUUAUAAAUUUGCAAACACAUAUUUGUGUUUGUCUUUGAUACGGUAUUCGGUAAAUGAUUAGAUUUUUAAAGGGGACUAUUUUGUAAACAUAAUGGCAUUAGCUUGUAUUUCCAAAAGGCUAUCAUCAAAUUUAGUUGUCAAUGGAGUUUUAAAGUCUACAGGAUGUCAACUGACAUUGGUGAACUCCAACUACAGUUAUGUUCGUGAACGUCCUAAACCAGACGGACAGUACAGAAGAAAGGUUCACUAUCCAGAAAAGUACACUGUGAGACCUCUGGAUGUUACCAGACUUGCUGGUCGUGACCCAGAAACAGGCUACGUGGUAGUGAAAGGUCUUGGAGGUGGUUUGAAGUAUAAGUUCCACUGGAUCGAUUCUAAAAGAGUCGGCCCUAAGGAUGACAGUCCUCCUUUAAUCGAGAAGGUGAUGCUGAUACAAGACGUCUUUGAACGGACUGCUAAAAUAGCGCUCGUUGCCAGCGGCGAUAGAAUGAAGUGGAUCAUUGCCACAGAGAAUAUGCAGCCUGGAGAUCUCAUCAAGACUUCCAUGUUCAUCCCGAAAAAUCCUAUAAUGGCGAAUGAAGGUGAUGCCUAUCCACUCGGUGCUCUUCCAAUUGGGACAGUGGUGAGCAACAUCGAGAGGUACCCUGGCCUAGGAGGUUUUUAUUGCCACUCGGCUGGCACCGCAGCCGUCAUCAAGCGAACCAUUGGCAAAAGAGUAGUUAUCAAGCUACCAUCUAAGGCCGAAGUUGCGUUGCCUAGAGAAAAUAUGGCUACGAUUGGGAGAGUAUCGAACAUAGAACAUGGAAAAACGCCACUGGGAACGCCCCAGGCAAAUCGAGAACUCGGAAUAAGGCCGUGUUCUGGAUUAUUUCAGAAGAAAGAUGGCCGUUUCGGUAGAAAAAUCAAACCACCAAAACCAGCCAAAAUAAUCUCAAUGGAGAAAGUACCGCGACUUGAAACUCUCAGCUUGACAAUGUAUUUUGAUAAAAGGAAACCUUGGCAUGUCUAGAGCUGUAAGAUAUUACUGUUAUUCGUUUUUCAAAUAAAUUCAUUUUAUGAAUUCAUCUGUAUGCAAUUACAAUAUUAUAAUGAUUAUUACUUUCACCCAAACAAC